AAUUCGGUUUGCUUAUAGCAAUGGAAAACCACCCAACAUUAUUAUCUUCACCGGAAAAUCUUCCACCAAAAUAUGGAAAUCUUAUAACAGUUCUUAGCAUUGACGGUGGAGGCAUCAGAGGAAUCAUUCCCGGUGUUAUUCUUGAUUUCCUUGAGUCCCAACUCCAAGAGCUAGAUGGUGAAGGUGCAAGAAUUGCAGAUUACUUUGAUAUAAUAGCAGGAACAAGUACAGGUGGUCUUGUUGCUUCCAUGUUAGCAGCUCCAAAUCCAAAGGCCACAAAUCGCCCUUUAUUUGCUGCUAAAGAUAUAGUACCAUUUUACCUUGAACAUUCUCCAAAGAUUUUCCCACAAACUAGUGGAAUAUUUGCAUGGUUGAUAAACACAAUUAAGGUUUUGUUAGGAUCCAAGUAUGAUGGAAAGUACCUUCACAAACUAGUUAAGGAGACGGUAGGGGACACAAUAAUGUUAAGCCAAACAGUCACAAACAUUGCUAUUACAACUUUUGAUAUCAAAAUACUUCAACCUACCAUCUUCUCCUCUUAUCAGCUGGAAACAGAGCCAGAGUUGGAUGUUCCAAUUUCAGACAUUUGCAUAGGCACUACGGCUGCUCCAACUCUUUUGCCAGCUUAUUAUUUUACAAAAAAAGAUGAAAAUGGAAACAUCAUCAAAGAAUUCAACCUCAUCGAUGGUGGGGUGGCGGCUAACAAUCCGACUUUGGUUGGAGUGAGAGAAGUGAGCAAGAAGCUGCUAAGGAAGCCAGGUGAAGGGAAGAUUAAUCCAUUGGAUUUUGAUCGGUUUCUAGUGCUAUCGCUGGGGACAGGAACAAACAGGAAUGAGCACAAAUACGAGGCUAAGAAGGUGGCCAAAUGGGGUAUUUUGAAUUGGUUAUUGGACUCAGGAUCAACUCCCAUAAUAGAUUGUUAUAGUGAAGCAAGCACUGACAUGGUUGAUUAUCACAACUGUGUCAUCUUUACUGCUCUUCAUUCUGAAGACAAUUACCUCCGAAUCCAAGGAACAUUGGAUGGGGAAUUAGCUUCCGCAGAUAAAGCAACAAAAGAGAAUUUAGAUAAUCUCGUCAAAAAAGGUGAGGAGUUGCUCACAAACCCUGUUACACGUGUCAAUCUAGAUACUGGUCGAUACCAACCUGUUCCAAAUAAAGGCAGUAAUCAGCAAGAGCUCAAAAGGUUUGCAAAAUUACUCUCGGACGAAAGAAAAUUAAGGAACUCCACUCGCAUGAAAAUAGGGAACUGAGAAAGAUCACCAGAUUGCAAGUGAAUCCAUUGUUCAACAAAUUCGUUUGCCUAAUAACUCAUAUAAUCCCUCUUGGGAUUAAAUUAACAAAAAACCCCUCUCUAUAACUCUAUUAGCUUGAAAAGCAAACAUAAGGGUAUCUUUCAUUUC